ACUCUCACUCUCUCUCUUCUCCUCCUCCUCCUCUCGACUCUCUCUGUUAGUCUUGUCCUGUGGGCACUUAGAUGGAGCAGCAGCGUUUCUCCUCUUUGGGAGGAGAAGGGGGUUAGAGGAGGAUAAAUCAGAGUUGGAGUCCGGAUUGCUCAGAGGCAACCACAAGUGAAAGAAGCUCCAUAAGGUGGUGACUGGCGGCGGUGAAAGGGCGUGGUUCCUGAGCGGCGCAGUCAUGGGCAGGCCGGAGGGGUGUGCCAGGCUACCUCUGGUGCCAGCUGUGGCGUUUUCCGUCUUGGCCCUCUUUCUCCUCUUCCCUGAGGUUUCUGGCCUCCCUCAACCCUUGCCCAGAGUCUUCCUUUCAUUUGAAGACUUGCAGGCCUACGAGUCUUUUGAAUACUUCAGUCUGUCAGACAAGGCCAUGGACUACAGGAUACUGCAGAUGGAUGAAGACCAGGACAGGAUGUAUGUGGGCUGUAAGGACCAUGUCCUGUCCAUGGACAUUAAUAACAUCACCCAUGGCACACUUAAGGUGUUUUGGCCUGCGUCCACCAGCAAGAUAGAAGAAUGUGAAAUGGCAGGCAAAGACCCCACGCACGGUUGUGGGAACUUCAUCCGCGUGGUGCAGCCGUAUAACAGAACACAUCUGUUUAUGUGUGGCAGCGGCGCGUACAGUCCCGUCUGUGUGUACGUCAACAGGGGACGCAGACCAGAGGAACAAGUAUUUUACAUCGACUCCAAGACUGAAUCUGGUAAAGGGCGAUGCUCCUUCAAUCCACAAGUGAACACGGUCUCUGUCAUGCUCAACCAGGAGCUGUUCUCUGGCAUGUACAUCGACUUCAUGGGGACAGAUGCUGCCAUCUUCAGGAGUCUGACCAAACGAAACGCAGUGCGGACGGACCAGCACAACUCCAAAUGGCUGAGCGAGCCUAUCUUUAUUGAUGCCCACCUGAUACCAGAUGGAACCGACCCCAACGAUGCAAAACUGUAUUUUUUCUUCCGCGAGAGGUUGACAGACAACAGUGGAAAUACAAAAAACAUACACACCAUGGUGGCCAGAGUGUGUCCAAAUGACGUCGGUGGUCAGAGGAGUCUGGUGAACAAGUGGACCACCUUCCUCAAAGCCAGAAUGGUGUGUUCAGUUCUGGAGGACGACGGCACUGAAACUCACUUUGAUGAACUCGAAAGCGUGUUUUUGAUGGAAACCGAUCUACCCAAGGACCUGUUGAUGUUUGCAGUUUUCACAUCCACUAGCUCUGUUUUUAAAGGCUCGGCGGUGUGCAUGUACAACAUGGCCGACAUCCUCACUGUCUUCAACGGGCCCUUUGCUCACAGAGAGGGGCCCAACUUUCAGUGGAUGGCAUUCCAAGGUCGCAUUCCUUUUCCAAGACCCGGAACUUGUCCUGGAGGAGCGUUUACACCGGACAUCCAGACAACAAAGGAGUUCCCAGAUGAUGUGGUGACCUUUGUGCGGAACCAUCCCAUCAUGUUUAACGCAAUCUAUCCGGUGGGUAGGCGACCUCUGGUGGUUCGUACAAACGCUGACUACAAAUACACAACCGUAGCUGUGGACCAUGUCGUGGCUGCUGAUGGAAACUACCAAGUUCUCUUCCUGGGCACAGACAAAGGUACCGUACAGAAGGUGAUUGUGCUGCCAACCAACCAGUCCUUACAUGAAGAUCUGAUUCUGGAGGAGCUGGAAGUGUUUAAGAACAAAGCUCGUGUUACAAACCUGAGAAUAUCCCCCAAAAAACAACAGCUGUACGUCAGCUCAGAGUUUGGUGUGUCGCAGGUCUCCUUGCACCGAUGCCACGCUUACGGCUCGGCGUGCGCGGACUGCUGCCUGGCCAGAGAUCCUUACUGUGCCUGGGACGGCCUCAGCUGCUCCCGCUUCUAUCCCACCGGAAAACGGAGAAGCAGGAGGCAGGACAUUAUCCACGGAAACCCACUCACACAGUGCAGGGGCUUCAAUCUAAAAGCUUACAGGAACGCCGUGGAGAUGACGCAGUACGGCGUGAAAAACAACACCACUUUCCUGGAGUGCACGCCAAAGGCUCCUCAGGCGUCAACCCGCUGGGUCAUUCAGAGGGACAAUGACAGGAGGAAAGAGGUGAAGCUGACUGACCGCGUCCUUUCCACCAGGCACGGCCUCCUCAUCCGCUCCGCCCAGCUGUCUGACCAGGGCCUCUACUACUGCCUGACCACCGAGAACAGUUUCAAACGCACCGUGGCCAAGAUCCGCCUGCGCGUGUUGAGCGAGGCCAUGGUGAGCAUGCUGACUGACAAGCAGCAGUCGCCCUGGGCGUGGACUAGCACGUUGCACCCGAAGGCCCUGCUGGCCACCUUCAGUCCGGCAGAGAGCCUGGCUGUGCAGCAGUACUGCAAAGAGAGGAAGGAGCGCCAGAGCCUCCAGCAGAGGCAACAACAGCAACAACCCCAACAGCCUGGUCCGCUCAGGGGCGACCUGGCCAAACUGAAGCCGCUGCUGGACCACAGGAAGAGCCGCAACCGCCGCAAUCACUUCCCAGAGGCCUGACAUGCUCAGAUGCCCCUUUGUUCCAGUGACCUCACUAAAAGAUCCAAUCCCUAGUUUUUCCAGCUCUCAUCUCAAACUGUGGAGAAACACUGUGGAUUUACAUGGAAACAAAUGGAGGGAGCGUGGAGGUUGAGCGACGAUAACUCAUGACAUACUGUCACCACAUGGUCGUGACACACAGAUACACACACAGAAGCCAUUAAUUUGCUGCCGCACAAACUGGAGUGGCGUCCUCGCCAGCACCACUUCAGCUGUUUCUGGAAAUCCCUUCUGACACGCAUCUUUGAUCAUAUUUGAGACGCAAGACGGAGAACUGACCCGGCCGGAUGUGCACUCGAUGUGUUUUGAAAAAAGGUGGUUUAACUUUCCACGAGUGCACUCAGACAGUCUGUGAUGAUGUGCAUACGGUUGCCGGAGCGAUGCUGAGCUGCUUUGAUUGGCAACUGUUCAAACAAAGAAAAGGAGGAAGACGAUGUGAAUAUUCUACAUUAAUAUACAUGAAUAACUCCUUUGGUUCGAGGGCAGACAGAAAGAGAAAUUUCAGCCAAACCGCUUCAAUGGUUGGGUUCUUCUUCUUUUGUUUUUUGUUAACUGUCACACAGGCUUUGCACUCCAUCACCACCUACUGUUCUGGUGCUGAAGUGCAGUCGUGAAAGAACUGCGGAACGAUGCAACAAAUCAGUGGCAAAUAAAAUCCAGACCUUAUGCUAGAAAAACAGCAGUCAAAAGGGAGUCAUGUGCAUGUACUAUGCUAACCAUAACGCACUUCUCACAGGUGAAACCAACAUUUAAAUAUAAGUCUUUUUGUUGACUGAAAGCUGGUUCCCUGUCUACUCAGGCGUCCCAAACCCAGAUUGUAAUAUUAUAUUACAGUGCCAUAAACCCAUAAACUAAAUUAUCUCCAUCUGGACAUCAAACCAUUGUCAUAAAAUACACUGCAGACGUCGUAUGUGAUCUCUACGCAUAUCUGACACUUCACUUGAACCUUAAUUUAGCUUUUUCGGUGUAUUUUCGCAGUUAUUGUUGCCACUAUAGAAGAAGGCGUGCAACUACGGCACUCAUUUCGUUAGAGGGCGCACCUCCGCUGUUCAUCUGUUAAAUAUAUUAAAAAUUACGUUUUGGCAUAAUCCUCAAAAGGCAAAAUCUAUUUUAAAAUAUACUGGCUCCACCCCUUUAUUGGGAUCUGCCCCCAGUACUUAAUAGAUUUGAAUCUAGAAUUAGCAUUUUUACAAGGUUUCAUGAAAAUCAGAUGUUGUAUG